AUGAAAGAGUACUGGACUUCCUUGGCCUCCCUUCUGGGAGUGUUGGCCUUCUGCCAGAGCCUCCUCCAGACCGUGUUCCCGCCGGAGCUCCGGUUCGCUUUCCUGAAACUAGCCAGCAAAAUCUUCCACUGGUUCUCCUCUUACUACUACUUCGACAUCACCGAGAUCGACGGCGUCAACACCAACGAGCUCUACAACGCCGUCCAGCUCUACCUCAGCGCCACCGUCUCCGUCACCGGCACACGCCUCAGCCUCACGCGCGCCCUCAACUCCUCCGCCAUCACCUUCGGCCUCUCUAACAACGACUGCAUGGUCGACACCUUCAACGGCGUCACCGUCCUCUGGGAACAUGUCGUCACCCAGCGACAGUCUCAGACCUUCUCCUGGCGCCCAUUGCCCGAAGAGAAGCGAGGCUUCACUUUAAGGAUCAAGAAGAAAGACAAGUUCUUGAUCCUCAACUCUUACUUGGACUUCAUCAUGGACAAGGCCAAUGACAUCCGCCGCAGGAACCAAGAUCGCCUUCUUUACACCAACUCACGAGGUGGGUCGUUGGAUUCCCGAGGCCAUCCCUGGGAAUCCGUGCCGUUCAAGCACCCGAGCACUUUCGACACUUUGGCUAUGGACCCGAAAGUGAAGAAAGAGAUCAUGGAGGAUUUGCAGGACUUCGCUAAUGGACAGAGCUUUUAUCAGAAGACCGGACGGGCCUGGAAAAGAGGGUAUCUUUUGUAUGGCCCACCCGGUACUGGAAAGUCCAGCAUGAUUGCAGCCAUGGCUAAUUUUCUUGGGUAUGAUAUCUAUGAUCUUGAGCUCACUGAGGUUCAUACCAACUCUGAGCUGAGGAAGUUGCUGAUGAAGACUAGUUCCAAGUCUGUUAUUGUCAUUGAGGAUAUAGAUUGCUCUAUCAAUCUGACUAACAGGAAGAAGAAUGGUGGUGGUGAUGCUAGUGGUGGUGCAGCUAUGAGGACUUAUUACAACUCGCCGGAAAUGAGAGGCGUUUCCGGGGAGGAAGGUGGUGGGAAUUCGAUUACGCUUUCCGGGUUGUUGAAUUUCACUGAUGGAUUGUGGUCAUGUUGUGGGAGUGAGAGGAUUUUCGUGUUUACGACGAAUCAUAUUGAGAAGUUAGACCCUGCAUUGCUGAGGAGUGGAAGGAUGGAUAUGCAUAUAUUCAUGAGUCACUGCUCAUUCCCGGCAUUGAAGAUACUGCUGAAGAAUUAUUUGGGAUUUGAGGAGGGUGAUUUGGAUGAGGAGAUUGCAAAAGAGUUUGAAGAGGUUUUGGACAAGGCGGGGAUGACUCCAGCGGAUGUGAGUGAAGCUUUGAUCAAGAACAGACGCGAUAAGGAUAAGGCGGUGAGGGAGUUGUUGGAGGUGUUGAAGGUGAAGGCUGAGAAGAACAAGAAGAGCAAUGCAGGUUCAGCUGAGGAGGAAGAAGAGGAGCAGGAGAAGAGGGCAUUGGAGAGUCCUAAAGUUGAAGGGUGUGGCUUUGAGGAGGAGGACAGCAGCUGCAAGAAAGGUGGUGAUGAGGAUCAGAAGCAAGAUGAUGAGAAAAUAGAAAAAUGAAGGAUCUUUGGGUUUGUUUAGUUUUAUUGUUUUUGUAUUUUGGUGAGGUGCAGGGAGA